UGUCCAUGAAGUCAAAAUAUAAGUUAGUCUGAACUGAUGUAUCUUUAUUAAUAAAAUACAGAUUCGAAAGUCUCACGCUUCUAAGUGCCUUUAUAAGCGAGAUAUCCACGGUUAAAAUUGCCGAUUUUCGCACCUGCUCAAAACCAAUCAGCGGCACUUCCGGUUUUACUAUAUAUAGCGAUUGGGGUCUGUGACGUCACAACACAUCAGUUUCAAAAUGCCCAACGUAAGACAUAGAGAUAGCAGAUCGUCAACUUCUUCCGACAUCGGACUUCACAUGUCGUUUGAAGUCUCAUCUUGUGACGAUAGCGACGGAGAAGACCUGCAGGACAUUGUUCCUUACCAGUUUGAACCUGAGGCUUCUGAAUCGAAUGAAAGCGAGCAAGAUUCCUCACUUGGGGGAAGCGACGAAGAUCAGCCGAGACUGGACAACACCGAUUGGUGUACUUGUGGAUACUGUGUACUAAUGCCUACACAGAGGGAGAGCAUCUGCUGUUGUGAAAUUGACAGAGUCAACAGCAAAAAGGAUUCAUCCGACCGAAAGCUUUCCUGCAUCACUCAGCAUCCUGGAUUCUCAUCGGUGUGCCUAGAUGUGUAUGUGCUUGAGACAGCCUACUAUCAGUACCGCUCCCAGUAUGGAGAAUUACAGACCAGCAUUGAAGAAAGGAACAGAUAUACAUCAUAUCGACAACUUGUGCGCUGGUGCUGGGGCUACCUUGGGAAAAAUGUCAGAGUCCCCUUACCAUCUUGUGCUGUUCAAAAGAUAAGAGCUGCAUUUCCAUCUGAGGACUAUGAGGGUUUCAGGGACCCACAAUAAUGCAGGUAUGUGCAAGAAAUGCAUUUUCAUUUUAAAUUCAGCCCUAGUUCUCUACUUACAAUUUGAUACAGCUGAAAAAUCAAAAUCUAAGUCCUUGAAAUUACUCAAUUUUGGGGGUCUCCGUGGCCGAGUGGUUAAAGCAUCACAUUCAAAAUCACACAGCCUCUGGUCGGCGCGAGUUCGAAUCCUGCUCGCGCCGGUAAGUGAGAAAGUUUCCCAGUUUACUUGCGGAAGGUCGGUGGUCUCUUCAAUAAAACCUGGGCGUCACCAGAUAACCGAAAUAUUGUUGAGUGUGGCGGAAAAUAGCAAAAAACAAAACAAACUAAAUUUUGUAGUAAUCAUUAUUCGAGAAAAAACAAUAAAAUUCACAGUACAUGUGAUUGGGAUAUGAAAAGCUAAUUACACCUCUGUUAUUAAUCAUCAUUAUGCUACUAAAAUAUUGACAAACUGAAAAAAGAAACCUUUUCACUGUAAAGUUAUGAAAAGGAAAGUAUCAGCUACAAAAAUAAAUUUGAACCAUGGAACGGGAUGUGGACCCUGCUUUCAUGUUCCCAUUAAAGAGUCAAGGGAUAGGGUAAGAGGGGACAGGAGUUUAUAUACAAGCAAAGUCUCUACAAAAUGUCACUAGAGUAAAAUACACAAUAUGCUAACUUAUCAAUUUACAAUAACUAAACACUGUAUAUAUACUAGGAAAGUUUACAACUAAUCUAUCUAUAGCAAUAUAUACAAUGUCAUUUCCUAUCAAGUCCAACUAGUUACUACAGGUCGAAACUGUCACACACUUGUCUCCUUCCUACAAAACCGUGACUUGAAAUUACACACUGCCUCUUCUUUUUCAGGGUGCAUGAAUGCGCUGCACAGAGGAGGUGGCUUCACUGAUGGCAGGCAGGCAAUGGGUUCCAGCAUUGUCGCAGUAGCUGAUUUUAGGGUUUCCUUCAUCAGUGUUGAUGUGUAUUCUGAAAUGUUAAAGAAGAUCAGAAACAUACAUAUUUAAAGUUCUUUUGCUUUUAAUGUUAUUUUUUUUAUUGUACUGUACAAUACUGUUAUAUAUCAAUAAACAAUUGUUAGUCAUGA